AUCCAAUGAAUUGUAUGUUGGCGCUAAUCUCACGAGUCAGCAUCAUCAUGGAAGAGAUCUACUAUACCGGGAGGUUAGGGAGAAGUGGCAACAGUGCUCAACGCAACGCAGAUCGCCACACACAUUACUCAUGAUACAUCGCAGGAUAUUUCUAUAAUACAUUAUCGAAAAACAUCUGAGACUGUCAUUGCCUGUGAUUUUGAAUGCGCCACAUGGUGCCGUAAUUGGUAUCAGUCAGUAUCAGUUGGUAUCGGCCUGGCACAUCUCAUUGGGGGAGGCAGCCUUAAGAAAAGGAAGGAAGGUUGGUGUUGGCUUUUCUGAAAUUACUCUAGUAAGUAACAGAGGAGUGGAUACUCUGUUCGUAGAAUAGCAACCUUUCUGAAAAGUUACAAAUUUGAAUCCGACCUGCAAAUAUAAAAGAGCGUAUCAAUGGACCAGUCCUGUAUCUAGUUCAAUGUUGUACCCCUUUCUUCUUCAUAAAGUGCCGUUUCAAGUAUUGUAUUAUUCUUUGCAAUAGCUAUCUAGCUUGCUCUAGAUAAAAGGUGAUAUACACUUUAACCACAUGAUGAUGUACCAAUUCUAGUAAGUACUAUACGCGGUAUGGAAUUUGGUUUACACUUCCCCGCCUCAUCAACAGUACAGUCAGCGCCAAACAUCAACAUUAUAGAUAUAUGAAAAUUCUUAAAAGUGUCAAUAAGGUAUCAUUUGAGCCUAAAUGGUUAUUGAUACACUUUUAUAGGUAUACCAAAAAUUCACUCUCCCUCUUUUGAAUUUAUUUUUUUACGUAUAAAAGCAAUAAAAGACACGAUUACUAAGCAGCGUUAUAAGAGGACAAAUAUUAAUAAUCCGUUGAAUGGCAUAAGAUACAAAAACAUACAAGAUUGGAUAUUAUAUCAUUGCAAUAGUCCACCUCCUGUGAUCGAAUAAAUUACACGGAUUAAUUCUCAUUAAGUGUGAAAAUGACAUCCUCUAAAAAAUUGAAACUCGAGUGCAAUGAAAUACCUUUGGAUUUAAGUAUUAAAAAAAAUUGUAACGUUAUAUGUGAAGGUGAUGAAAAUGCAACUAUUGACAGUAAUAAUCUUGUAUUUGAAGAACACAAAGAUUAUGCUACUGAUGAUAAUUUGGAUGACAGUGGAGUCUUUGUUAUACCUGCUAUUCCUCCGUUACCUAUCAAUCUUGCUGAAAAACUCUUAGUACUUGAACAAGCUUUAAAUGAUAAGCUGAAGAAUAUAGAGUUUUAUCAUCCCAUAGCAUAUGUGUAUCGUCCAUUAGAAUAUGCAUUUGAAGUGCAUUCCAUGUAUGUACACAAGUACUGCCAUUCAGCUAAGAAAAUACUUUUUCUGGGAAUGAAUCCAGGGCCAUGGGGUAUGUCCCAAACUGGAAUACCAUUUGGAGAAGUAAAUAUGGUUCGUGAUUGGCUAAAAUUAUCUGGUGAUAUUGGAAAACCAUUCAAGGAGCAACCUGACAGGAAAGUAACAGGGUUUGCAUGUUCACGUAGUGAAAUCAGUGGAUUUAGAUUCUGGAGUCUCUUUCGUGACCUAUGUGGAAAUCCUGAAAAUUUUUUUCAAUAUGCUUUUCUACAUAAUUACUGCCCGAUCGCACUGAUGGAUGCUGGAGGACGCAAUAUUACUCCUGCAGAGCUAAAGGGACCUGAACAAAUAUCCCUUUAUGGCUACUGUGAUGAUGCUCUUGUAGCCGCUAUAAAGCUUUUGAAGGUUCAGACAAUUGUGGGCAUUGGACGAUUUGCAGAGAAAAGGGCACAGACUGUAGUAAAAUCUGCUGGACUUUCUACGCAGAUAAUGUAUAUACCACAUCCUAGUCCAAGGUCUGUAGGAAACAUUAACUGGAAUGAGAAGGCUACCAAAAGAUUGAAAGAACUAAAUCUUCUUCAGUUCUUUACACAAUAAUCCUUUUUGAUCAGUCGUCAAUAAAAAAAGUUCACUAUAAAGGGCCUACAAAAAUUUGC